ACCCCAGAGAAGUUCAUUGAAAUCGCACGUAACCAUGAUUUUUGGCGACUUGAUCUUGAGUUUGAAUUGAACAGUUUCAUACAACUGUACUCACAGCUUUAAUUUCCCCAUAGCCUUUUGUGAGGUCAGUUGACGCAAAAAAUUGUGUUUUUUGGCCUGGUUGUCCACUUAUAGGCCUACAAAGGGUCGUUCGUUCUCGUGUCAUUUCGUCGAAUUAGUGUGACGUUUAAUGGCCGAUGGGCGAAAUAGCUCGCACUUUGCUUCCUCUAUUUUUCCACAAAUUCCAGAUUUUUUAAAUUCUUCUGCGAAAAAAUGUUGAUUUUUCUAAAGAGCAAUUUCUUCUUCACGGUUUUGUGGCAUUUUCCCGUCCGGCAGUGCGUUUUUCGCGAAGGAAUCGCGUUUUUCCGAAUUGAGAACUUCUGACGUUUACUGUCACAUCGGAACAGCGUUAUUGAGGUGCGCCUACUAGCCACAAGGCGAAACUUAGUUUGGUGUUUGCAAGACUUUUUUGACUUUAAGACGCUGGCAAUGGACUAUUUGGGCAGUGAAAAUUACUUGAAACAAAGAGAUCGUUUCUCCUUAAAUUGCGCUCUAAACAACAGGGUUUGUUGACUGUUCAAUCAUGAAUAAGCAGCAGGAUCCACUGCAGACUAUCCGAGAGGAUGACUUCGUCCAGUACUAUUUAUUCCCCCGAAUUGAGGCGUCGGAUGAAUCGCUGCAGGAGAAACUGUUAGAGGCCGUGCUGGCCAAAGCCGACAGAGUGCUUGAAAGGUUUGCUCAGAAUUAUCUGUGGCACAAAGAUCAGAUACGAUUCGUCCCUAUGACUGAGUCGAGUAAUUUCCUCACACGUGUCGAUGGGGAAGAGGAACGCCUGCCACCUCAUUUAUUUGGAGUGUCUCACUAUGGGGACAACAUCCAGGAUGAAUGGUUCAUUGUCUUCCUGCUGCAACAAAUCACUAAGGAAAUUCCGGGGGUGGUUGCCAGAGUGUUCGAUUCAGAUGGGGAGUUUCUGCUGAUAGAGGCGGCUGACUUUUUACCGAACUGGGCCAAUCCGGAGUCAUGUACAAAUAGAGUUUAUAUCUAUGAAGGCAACAUUCAUCUGCUACCAGUAGAUGAUAAGGAGUGCGUCGAUAUUUCCGUAGAAGGAGCCUUGCGGAAGAUCUGGAACGAGCCCCAUAAGUCUAGGUCUCAUCCGGAUGUGCAAAAUUCGAUUCAAAACCGGCUGCUGUUCAGCCCGGAGAGCAUGAGGGAGAAUUUCCAUCAUGCCACUGUGCUUGUGCCCACAGCAGUCGCGGCUAUUUUGAAGAAAAAACCUAAUCUGAUCAGCGCAGCCGUUCAGGCGUUUUGCAACAGGGAUACGGUUGAUAUGAGGGCUUGCCGGGCCAUGAAGUACUUUCCUCCGGAGCAGCGAGUAAAAACACGCAUCAAAUUUACCAGGUGCCUUUAUGCAAUGCUGUUGCACAGCAAAUACAUCCCCGACAGGAAAAUCGGCUGGAAUCUACCACCGGCCACUAGCAACGAUUACAAGCAGCAUCUGUUAGGAGUGAAAAUCGCCUGCGGUUUCGAAAUUUUAGCGUCGCAAGCCAAACCCAACGCCGAUGUCGAGGGUGACCGCGGUUGGGCGCAAUUCCUCAAGCGCCUCAAUGAAAUUGAGUACUUCAAAGGACUGCUGGAGGGUUCGAAGGAGUACAACACACGAUUCAAUAAAGCCAAAGUCUACUACACCGAACAUAGAACUAGUCUGCAUAGUGGCUCCAAUGUGGGCCAAGAAGUCUUGCAGCUUUUGCGGAGUUGCGAUAUUGACUACGACGAGCUGUGCAAAGAAGCUCAAAACAAUGCUGUGAAAGAUGACGACGAGAGUUGGCUGGAUAUUUCGCCGGAAGAAUUGGACCAGAUGCUGCAGGAGCGAUAUGGACAGAAGAAAAUGUUCAAAGUCACCGAAUCCUCUGAUGCCUCAAACUUUGCGCAAAAAGUCAAUAGCUUUUUGAAUCACAUUUCCGAUGUGGACGGGGCCGAGUUUCCGUCGGGCGACGCUAAAAACGGGGACACUCCCGAAAGACCGCCAAGGCGCAAGAAGACAGCCAGUGAAAAAACCGUCUCAUUUUCCCAAAACAUCAGCGAACAAAAGCGCGUCGAUUUCGAUCCGGAUUCAUUCGCGAGUGCCAUACAGAACAUUUUAAACUUUGUGAUUCCCGAAGACGAGUCUUGGAACUUGGAAUCGGAUUCCGACAUGAGCGAGUACGAGACCGACGAGUUUGUUAAAGAGUCAGAUCUGAACGAAACCGAGGCUAAAAACAAAAUGCAAAAAUACAUGCAGGAGAUGGAUGAGCAGUUGGCCUCCACCACUAUAGGACAGAGUUUCGAGAGGAACAGUGCGGACAAUGGAUUUGAAGAUAUCGAAAACUUCAAGGCGGUGGACAUAGACGUUAAUGCGUUGAAGAACAUCCUGAAGAGCUACAGGUCGGAGCUAGGGGAAGCGGGGCCUUCAAGCACCAUGCUGGGACCAAUGGGCGUUCACAUUGAGUCGAACCACGAGUAGUUUUAGCCUAUCAAAUUCAAGGAUUGCAAUGCACCUAUUUAUAGUAUUUUACUCCUUACUGGUUAAGAAACUUGCUUAAUUUUUAUACGAAUAAACACUCGCCAUUAUUAUAAAAUGUGAUCUCACAAUGCGCUAAAAGCCGCCGGAAUAUUAGAAAAAAAGGACUUUGGACCAAGCUAGUGGCGAUUAAAUCCCAUCGACUUUAAACAUCGCAAAAAAAAACAAUCAGGAUAUUAAAACCGAAGGAAUUUGCGCAAAAAACUCAGGGUGUUUUACAAAAUCAGUUUUAUUACGUACAUGUAAAAUACACCGCGUGGCACAAACUUACAGCUUCUAAAACGUAUAGUAGCAAAAUAUAAAAACAACGUCCAUACCAUCCUGACACAAUAUUCUAUUGUGAUGGCAUGCAAGUUUGGGCCACCCUGUCUACAGGCUGUUUCAAAUCAAUUUCAUAAUCAUUUCGAAUUGAGUACUAUGAUAAAGGAACAUUUAGAAGACGGAGAAACAUAAUUUUCGCUGGGACACGCUGUAUAUUAUUUGCAAGGCGAAGUAAAUUCGUGUCGUACAAAACAGAAACUUUUUGGGUGUUUUACAAUAAAUAAACCCUGAGUAAAUUAGUGUGGAACUUGAACAAAUUGUUGGGUAAAUAUGUAGAAAUAAUAGGUCUUAUUUUCCACAAACAAUAUACAGAGUAUCACAGUGGUGCGAAAAAAACAGAAAGCAAUUAUCAGUCAUAACCGAUUUGAAACAGCCAGAGUUCUGAACAAAAUCAAAGUGUAAAGACUAGAAAAUUUGGUCAAUGCAAUUGGACAGAUAUAUAAAAAUCAGGACACUCACCGUCAAAUACAAAACGCUUUGCACGUUGACCUUUAACUUAAAGACCUCAUAAACAGAACGCGAAGCUUAUAAUAUAACUAUUUACAAUAUAUUUAGCUAGUGUGUCUCUUAUGGGAUCGUCAGUCAGUUCAUCCAGUCCGCCCAAGAUUUUAUUGCAGUACAAUAAAUCUUCAUUGUCA